UCGCACCUGUUUCCCCGUGUUCACCGGGAGGAGGUAGGCGCUGUUAUUGCGAUGCCUUCUCCUUCUGCAAGGUGUACGAUUGACAUCUCUCGUGCGGUGGCGAUGCUUACGUUUGCUCUCGGCCGGCCGCCGAGAGUGCAGCUGCCGCUGCCUCUGCUGACUUCAAAGGAGGUUGCGCGCGCGUCGGAUGCCGCGCCACAGCCGAGCGACGCGCUGUUGGUUGCAGGCGGUGCUUUUCCUCGCACCUGUUUACCCCGUGUUCACCGGGAGGAGGUAGGCGCCGUUAUUGCGAUGCCUUCUCCUUCUGCAAGGUGUACGAUUGACAUCUCUCGUGCGGUGGCGAUGCUUACGUUUGCUCUCGGCCGGCCGCCGAGAGUGCAGCUGCCGCUGCCUCUGCUGACUUCAAAGGAGGUUGCGCGCGCGUCGGAUGCCGCGCCACAGCCGAGCGACGCGCUGUUGGUUGCAGGCGGUGCUUUUCCUCGCACCUGUUUACCCCGUGUUCACCGGGAGGAGGUAGGCGCCGUUAUUGCGAUGCCUUCUCCUUCUGCAAGGUGUACGAUUGACAUCUCUCGUGCGGUGGCGAUGCUUACGUUUGCUCUCGGCCGGCCGCCGAGAGUGCAGCUGCCGCUGCCUCUGCUGACUUCAAAGGAGGUUGCGCGCGCGUCGGAUGCCGCGCCACAGCCGAGCGACGCGCUGUUGGUUGCAGGCGGUGCUUUUCCUCGCACCUGCUUACCCCGUGUUCACCGGGAGGAGGUAGGCGCCGUUAUUGCGAUGCCUUCUCCUUCUGCAAGGUGUACGAUUGACAUCUCUCGUGCGGUGGCGAUGCUUACGUUUGCUCUCGGCCGGCCGCCGAGAGUGCAGCUGCCGCUGCCUCUGCUGACUUCAAAGGAGGUUGCGCGCGCGUCGGAUGCCGCGCCACAGCCGAGCGAGGCUGCGACACUGUCGGCAGUGGACGCUCUUCCUCCGACGGAUGACGAGUGCUCAUCCGACGCCGCGCCGGUGAUGAGCGACUCGGCGCCGAGGUCGCGAAGCAACACUCGCCCUCCCACGCCUACCGAGUGUGCAUCUGACGCCACGCGGCUGUUGGCAGUGGACGCUCUUCCUCCGACGGAUGACGAGUGCUCAUCCGACGCCGCGCCGGUGAUGAGCGACUCGGCGCCGAGGUCGCGAAGCAACACUCGCCCUCCCACGCCUACCGAGUGUGCAUCUGACGCCACGCGGCUGUUGGCAGUGGACGCUCUUCCUCCGACGGAUGACGAGUGCUCAUCCGACGCCGCGCCACAGUUGAGCGACUCGGCCCCGGUGUCAACAGUGGACGCCCUCCCUCCCACGCUUGCCGAGUGCGCAUCCGACGCCGCGCCGCUGUUGAGGGAGCGGGUUCCACGGCUGGGAUUAUCUCGGGUGUAUGCUGCGGAUGUCUCAGCAGCACCGCUUGGUUUGUUGAACGGUCAGAAUAGGGUGACGCCACCCUCUGUUUACACGAGGUGUCACACGCCCAUGUAUAUGGAGCUGCGUGCUGCGUUGGAUGGUGGCAGGGCGGUGCUCCCGCCACGCUUCGACGACCCUUCUCCAGCACUCGUGCCGCCAGGGCCGUAUAAUGCGUUGGACGCGGACAGGGAGAUUCCGCCAAUGCCUGCUUACACGAGGUGUCACACGCCCAUGUAUAUGGAGCUGCGUGCUGCGUUGGAUGGUGGCAGGGCGGUGCUGCCGCCACGCUUCGACGACCCUUCUCCAGCACUCGUGCCGCCAGGGCCGUAUAAUGCGUUGGACGCGGACAGGGACAUGCCGCCAAUGCCUGCUUACAGGAGGUGUCACACGCCCAUGCAUGCGGCGAUGAGUGCCGCGUUGGACAGAAGCAGGGCUAUGCUACAGCUGUCACCCCCUUCAGGGCCUUCAUGCCUUUCAAAGCGUGUGGCGCCUGUGUCGGAUGCCGCUCCACAGUUGAGCGACUCGGCGCCGGUGUCGACAGUGAACAACCUCCCUCCCGCGCUUGCCAAGUCCGCAUCCGACGCCGCGCCACCGACGAUCGACUCGGCGCCGAGGUCGCGAAGCCACACUCGCCCUCCCACGCCUACCGAAUGCGCAUCCGACGCCACGCGGCUGUCGGCAGUGGACGCUCUUCCUCCGACGGAUGACGAAUGCUCAUCCGACGCCGCGCCGGUGAUGAGCGACUCGGCGCCGAGGUCGCGAAGCCACACUCGCCCUCCCACGCCUACCGAGUGUGCAUCCGACGCCACGCGGCUGUUGGCAGUGGACGCCCUUCCUCCGACGGAUGACGAGUGUGCAUCCGACGCCGCGCCACAGUUGAGCGAGGUGGCGCCUCAACGCGAUGCGGCCGCGUCCCUGCGUCGCAAGCGAACGCGCGAUGAUGCGUCUGAUUCGACCUUCUUGCCGCGGCGGCGGCGCUUCUCACGUCCGCUCGAUAGGGAACCGGGGACUGUUCCGCCCGCGCCGUUGCCGCGGGAUAUUCGCCGUGCUCUCCGCGCGUCGGCCGACACUGCAGCGCAAGAGGCGAGCCAGGCAGCUCCGCUGGUGUCCAUCGAUGCUCUCCCUGCCGCGCCUGCCCAACACGCAUCCGAGGCCGUGCCACAGCCGAGCGAGGCGGCGCCGGCGCUGACGGUGGACGCCCUUCCUCCGACGGAUGGCGAGUGUGCAUCCGAGGCCGUGCCACAGCCGAGCGAGGCGGCGCCGGCGCUGACGGUGGACGCCCUUCCUCCGACGGAUGGCGAGUGUGCAUCCGAGGCCGUGCCACAGCCGAGCGAGGCGGCGCCGGCGUUGACGGUGGACGCCCUUCCUCCGACGGAUGGCGAGUGUGCAUCCGAGGCCGUGCCACAGCCGAGCGAGGCGGCGCCGGCGCUGACGGUGGACGCCCUUCCUCCGACGGAUGGCGAGUGUGCAUCCGAGGCCGUGUCACAGCCGAGCGAGGCGGCGCCGGCGCUGACGGUGGACGCCCUUCCUCCGACGGAUGGCGAGUGUGCAUCCGAGGCCGUGCCACAGCCGAGCGAGGCGGCGCCGGCGCUGACGGUGGACGCCCUUCCUCCGACGGAUGGCGAGUGUGCAUCCGAGGCCGUGCCACAGCCGAGCGAGGCGGCGCCGGCGUUGACGGUGGACGCCCUUCCUCCGACGGAUGGCGAGUGUGCAUCCGAGGCCGUGCCACAGCCGAGCGAGGCGGCGCCGGCGUUGACGGUGGACGCCCUUCCUCCGACGGAUGGCGAGUGUGCAUCCGAGGCCGUGCCACAGCCGAGCGAGGCGGCGCCGGCGCUGACGGUGGACGCCCUUCCUCCGACGGAUGGCGAGUGUGCAUCCGAGGCCGUGCCACAGCCGAGCGAGGCGGCGCCGGCGCUGACGGUGGACGCCCUUCCUCCGACGGAUGGCGAGUGUGCAUCCGAGGCCGUGCCACAGCCGAGCGAGGCGGCGCCGGCGUUGACGGUGGACGCCCUUCCUCCGACGGAUGGCGAGUGUGCAUCCGAGGCCGUGCCACAGCCGAGCGAGGCGGCGCCGGCGCUGACGGUGGACGCCCUUCCUCCGACGGAUGGCGAGUGUGCAUCCGAGGCCGUGCCACAGCCGAGCGAGGCGGCGCCGGCGUUGACGGUGGACGCCCUUCCUCCGACGGAUGGCGAGUGUGCAUCCGAGGCCGUGCCACAGCCGAGCGAGGCGGCGCCGGCGCUGACGGUGGACGCCCUUCCUCCGACGGAUGGCGAGUGUGCAUCCGAGGCCGUGCCACAGCCGAGCGAGGCGGCGCCGGCGCUGACGGUGGACGCCCUUCCUCCGACGGAUGGCGAGUGUGCAUCCGAGGCCGUGUCACAGCCGAGCGAGGCGGCGCCGGCGUUGACGGUGGACGCCCUUCCUCCGACGGAUGGCGAGUGUGCAUCCGAGGCCGUGCCACAGCCGAGCGAGGCGGCGCCGGCGCUGACGGUGGACGCCCUUCCUCCGACGGAUGGCGAGUGUGCAUCCGACGCCGCGCCACAGUUGAGCGAGGUGGCGCCUCAACGCGAUGCGGCCGCGUCCCUGCGUCGCAAGCGAACGCGCGAUGAUGCGUCUGAUUCGACCUUCUUGCCGCGGCGGCGGCGCUUCUCACGUCCGCUCGAUAGGGAACCGGGGACUGUUCCGCCCGCGCCGUUGCCGCGGGAUAUUCGCCGUGCUCUCCGCGCGUCGGCCGACACUGCAGCGCAAGAGGCGAGCCAGGCAGCUCCGCUGGUGUCCAUCGAUGCUCUCCCUGCCGCGCCUGCCCAACACGCAUCCGAGGCCGUGCCACAGCCGAGCGAGGCGGCGCCGGCGCUGACG